AUGGCAGCGGAGCAGGCUGGGGAGGUGGCCCUGGGCCGCCCGCUCGAGCCCGCUCGGGCCCAAGCGGAGGCCCUCCACAUUGGGGAUGUUCACUUUUCUGUCAAGCCUGGCUCUAGCACCUCCUCUCCCAAGCUCCACUCCAGCGCUGCCGUGCACCGGCUCAAGAAGGACAUCCGGCGCUGCCACCGCAUGUCCCGGCUACCUGGGCUGUCUCUCUGA